AUUACAGCAUUGUUUAUCCACAAAAUACGCAGAUACUCAAGUUUAUGGCUUAAUAGAGAAAAUGGUGCUGUAUAUCUCUGAUGACUACUGGACCAGUGGACACUACCUCCCUCCACUGGCGCCACCUGGACAAUGACCUGGACCACUGGGAUGCCAUCUCCCUCCACAUCAAAAUUUCUCAAUGCAAAUGUCUCGUUCAUAGUUCAAUAUGGCCGCUAAACUUAUAUCUACAGAUUGGAAAAGAUUGCCAUGUGAGAUAGAUCUUUUGAACUUAGGAAUCACUCUUGCUUGUGGUCAAGCAUUUAGAUGGAAAAAAAUAAACGAUGAUGAAUGGCGAGGAGUGUUGUCUGGCAAGGUUUGGACUUUUAAGCAAAGUUCCGAUGGCAUAUUUUACAAGUUUACCUGCAAAUUAAAAGAGAUUCCAAAUCCCGCUCACGAAGCCAUUCUUCACGAGUACUUUCAUUUGAAUAUCGACGUUCGUCAUCUCUAUAAACGCUGGAGCAGUAGAGACAUUAACUUCAAACGAGUGGCAUCCUCGAUUUCAGGCUUUAGACUACUUCGACAAGAUCCAGUGGAAAAUUUAUUCAGCUUCAUAUGUUCAUCCAACAACAAUAUUGAGCGUAUUAGUUCUAUGGUUGAGGCAAUGUGUGUAAAAUAUGGCGAUGUUAUAGCUGAAGUUAAUGAUGUAGUUUAUCAUAAAUUUCCAUCAAUUGAUACUUUAGCCAAAGCAGAAGUUGAACAAGAGUUGAGAGAAAUGAAGUUUGGGUACAGAGCAAAAUAUAUUCACGAAACAGCAAAGGCCCUUCUGAAAAAAUCGAAUAAAAAUUGGUUGCAAUCGCUAAGAGAUGUUCCUUAUGAAGAGGCCCAUGCAGCAUUAUGUGAAUUGCCUGGUGUGGGAGCAAAGGUUGCUGAUUGUGUUUGUCUCAUGUCAUUGGAUAAAACUAAUGCAAUUCCUGUUGAUACUCAUGUCUGGCAAAUAUCUUGCCGAGAUUAUCAAAUCCCUGAAUUAAAGGGAGCAAAAACUCUUACAAAAAGUAUUUAUAAGGCAAUUGGAGAUUACUUUCGUCAAUUGUAUGGAGAGCAUGCUGGCUGGGCAAAUUCGGUUUUGUUUAGUGGCGACCUUAAGAAAUUCAAAGAUUCUCAUUCAAAGAGUUCACCUGCAAAAAGUAUGAAAAAUAGUAAGGAAUUAAAAAGAAAAUCUGGGACUGAGAGAGUUUCUGUUUACUCUAAAGUCAAAAAGGAAUGCAAUAGUUGAAAAUUGGUACAUAUUUAUUGACGUUUUAAAUCAUUUCUAACUAUUCUAUUCAAAGUUUAUCAUGCAUACAUAUGUUUCAACUUACUACCACUAUGUUAUGUAAAAAAUUGUGUUGAAUAAAAAAAUUCUACAUGUACUACGAAACAAUGAUGUAAAAAAGAGAGGAGUUCGUGUAGUUUCUCAAAAAUA